UUGUAAAUGUAAACAACGUCCAUUUGAAAAUCGCUUUCCUAAAGAUAAUGCCGCCAUAUCAGCUCUGCUUAGCCGGGAACUUUGUAGCUGUGCUGGCUGAGAUCAGGAGGAUGUCUAGGAAAAUGGACCCUGGAGAACACAAGAGCAGAGCAAUUUAAAUGGAAGGAAUCCCCAGCAAAAAUGAUGCUGAAUUUCAAGAGAAGCAGAACAAGGACAUUUGCUGGACAAGUCACACACCGAUUGCUAGACCGUUUUCUUGUAGUCCAGCGUAAAUGGGCUAACCAGGAUCCAGCAAGAUAUUUUAAUGAUCCCCAAACUAAACUUUUUCCCGCCUUCCAGCCUACUGCGUCCACCGAUGCUCCCUGUGGAGAAAUGGCGCUGACGGCAGAACAAGCGGGAGGGCAAGCUAUUUGCCUCCCGUUCCCGCUAUCAUGAGAAGUUGGCGCUAUUGGAGGACCACAACGGCCUCUUCAGCGCGAUUUGCGUUUAAAACUGGUAAACAGCGUGAACCAAGCACGAUGAUAGCCUGCCCUUCGCUUAGAGAUACCGGUUCAAGACCUGAGGCGUGGGAUUCGUCUAAUGUGCAGGACUUAAGGGACACAAAGUAGCACGACAGAAAGAAAGUCUAAAUCCAUGAAGAGGUCUCCAGAUGAUUAGAAUAAACUUCAGCAGAGCUCAAAUGCUGCUCAAAUGAACCAUUUAAAACAUACACUUUUAUGUGGGCUAAUCAUGAUCCACCACUUUGAAGCCACCUAUCACAUUAUUUGCGAUUAAUCACCACCGGAUAUUGGGCAUUUCGUACUUCCUAAAUAUAAAAAGCACUACACUACCCAUCACGACCGAUAGGCUAUAUCUCCAUGGGAUGGUCAAGGGCCUGACUUGCCCCAGUUACCCAGAAACUGCCAAAGUCCAAGUCGGCAGCUCGACAGGAGCGAUUGCCUAGUGAAAACAGAGCGAUAUGAAUGUGGGAUAUACUCGUAUAUCGUGGGCAUAGGGAGAAAAGCUACUUCUCUAAUGGAUUUCACACAUAAACGUCAAUUCUGCGACAUGUCGGAGUGGCCUGCGACUGUGGAACAAUUGGAAUGGCGAUAAGCGCCUAUAGAAUUCCAACUGCUCGCCCCAGCCAGUCAGUUGAAAUCGGAGCUGCCUGCGAAUUAUCCACUAUCCAUGACCGACCGGCUAUCGCGCCUCUGAUACUGCGUCAUCCGAAUCCGAAGGAAAAGUUUGAUUACCCCAGGAAAACUCAUAAUCGGAAGCCCCAAAAGUGUUUUGUGGUCAACUGGUGUGCAAGGUGUUGCUGCUGUUGCAAUUGCAACUUCAUUGGGCAGCAUUGUGUGAUUUGGCAGGAAUAGGCUCUUAAAAAGCGGAAGAGUUCCUACACUUGACGUCACUGGGCAACGGGCGGUGAAGCAAGAGGAGGAGACGAAGGGUUCUCCACUGGCCAGCUGCCUCACCCAGCAGCGAUAAGCCCAAGUGCGGCCAAUCGAAAAGAAGCCAGAGUGGAUAGAGCGUUGGGAACCCGAUAGCCGAACCCAGCAUCAUGCAGACAACAAGUCAGCGGCCAGUAACGCCUGGAACUCCAGACUCGGCGCAUAUUGUAAUCGGCGCCGCGGGAUUCGUGGCACACGAGAGACGCCAGCCCGGAAAGACCCUGAUGAAUUGCUUUCGCGAUCGCUCCACGACGUCAUCGUCAUCGUCGCAGGCCCAACACGCCUAUAUGCGCGGCCACAGCGUCACCUCGGGCACUCUGUUUCGCCUGGAGGGCAGUGGUGGCUCCAAUUGCACCUUGGAUAAGGCGGGAAAACAGGAUUCCGGGCGGCCCGAGGCGGUCGUCCUUCUCAGAGAGCUGAAAACCAGACCCAACAAGCUGGCGCUACUCAAGAGCAGCAGCACCAAGGAUCUGACCCGCCUGUUCCUGGACGACUCAACCAACACAGCUGUACUGGUGUCCAACACCAGUCUCGAUGUCUGCUCUUCGAACUCCAGCUCUGGCGGCAGUCCGGCGGUGGGUAGGUCCAAGUCAGGCAGGGAUCGCCGCAGUGGACUGGAGUGCUGCAGCAGCUGCUCUAAGCGCUGGCACGAUCUCAAGCAGCGUAUGCACACUCUGAAUCAGGAUCUGCUCGUCCAGACCACAUACAGCCAGGAGCUGGAGCAAAAGGUGGGCGAAAUGAGUCGCCAAUUGUCGGAACUGCUUCAGGAACGCGACAGGGAGAGGGACAAGGAUAAACCACGCUCCGCAGGAGCAGGCGGUGCUGCAGCGCCUGGCAAGCGAACUGCUCAUGGCAGUCCCAUUGUCCGACCCUCGCGCCUGGUCGCCUGGAUGAACCUGUCCAACUGGUUCAAGAGCAGACCCAGCGUGGAAACGCUGCGGGAACAGCGCAUCUUCUUCGACGAGCCCUGCUUCGAUACGGACCUGGAGAUGGUUCUUAAGCACGACCAGCACCGCACAGUGCCGCGGAUCGUCGUGGAUUGCUGCGAUCUUAUCGAGCAAAAGUACCGCAGAUCCACGCAGCCCAUUGAGGGGAUCUAUCGUCAGUGCGGCGAUUACAAUAAAAUCCAAACGCUGCGCUUCAGCAUCGACGCCAAUGACUAUGAUUCACUGCGUCAGCCGGACGUGGACAUACACACGUUGACCGGUGUGCUGAAGCUCUUCCUGCGCGAAAUCAAGAGUCCGCUGGUCAGUGUCAACGAGGCCAAGACCUUCAUUGGACAGCCCAAUCAGUGGUUGUUAACCGAUCUUUCUGUGAAGUUGGACUCCCUGAAAAGACUGAUUCGCUCGCUACCGGAGAGCAACCGGGACACCAUGGAUUACAUCUUCGGGCACUUCAAUAGAAUAACCAAGGUGCCGCUGCAGCAGAUCAGCGCGGAGACGCUGUCCAUAUCGGUGACGCCCUCGAUUUUCCACACGGUGCCGCAGGGCAUCCACAUGCAGGACAUCCAGCAACUUCUGCGCGAGGGCGAAACUCUGGCCGACUGCGUGAAGCUGAUGAUCGAGUACCAGGGGCGCAUAUUCGACCGCUUAUGCCUCAUCCAAACCGCUCACCUACUGUGCCGUUGUUUCGAUCGCUUUGCUAACCACUCGACAUCCGAACCUGAACCUGAACCCGUACCCACUGUACCUGCAACACCUGUCCCCAUUCCCAACGAUUCCGAUCCCAAUCCCGAUCACGUCGCCUACAGAUGCACCGCCGAUCGCCGCCGCCUGAGCAUGCGCAACCUGAAGAAGACUCUGUCGCAGCCGGACCUGCUCUUCCACAAUCUAUUCUGAUCUGGGCCAAUGACAUGGAUCCGUCAUGCCAGAGAGAGCACUGUACAUAUGGAAUGACUUUAGGGCCCACUAGCAACUGUGUCCUAAACUUAUUUUUUUCUAUUUUUACUUUAUCAACUAACUUUUGUACUUAUAUUUAAUAAACUAAAAGGGUUUCCACCUUUACAA